GGGAGCGCGGCUACCUGGCCAGCUCGCGGCGUGUUCGCGGCUUGAAUACACGGCUGACCCCUCUGAACGCUCUCCUGGUCAGGACCCGGCGCUGCUCGGAAGGGCCUUCUCCACUAGCACCGCUUGAGGACCCAACAUGAGGCGCUUGGGGUCGGUGCAGCGGAAAAUGCCGUGUGUGUUUGUGACGGAGGUGAAAGAGGAGCCUUCCACCAAAAGGGAGCAUCAGCCAUUUAAAGUUUUGGCAACUGAAACUGUAAGUCACAAGGCAUUAGAUGCAGAUAUAUACAAUGCAAUUCCAACAGAAAAAGUGGAUGGAACAUGUUGUUAUGUUACUAACUACAAAGGUCAGCCAUACCUCUGGGCUCGGCUAGACAGGAAACCUAACAAAUUAGCUGAGAAAAGAUUUAAAAAUUUUCUACAUUCAAAACGAAACUCAAAAGAAUUUUUUUGGAAUGUUGAGGAGGACUUCAAACCUGUUCCAGAGUGCUGGAUACCAGCGAAGGAAAUAGAACAGUUAAAUGGGAAUCCGAUGCCUGAUGAAAAUGGACACAUUCCUGGUUGGGUACCAGUGGAGAAAAACAACAAACAGUACUGCUGGCAUUCGUCUGUAGUCAAUUACGAGUUUGAGAUCGCCCUGGUCCUGAGGCAUCAUCCUGAUGAUCCUGGCCUUUUGGAAAUUAGUGCAGUGCCACUCUCAGAUCUUCUAGAACAAACACUGGAGCUCAUAGGAACCAAUAUUAAUGGAAAUCCUUACGGGUUAGGAAGCAAAAAGCAUCCAUUACAUCUUCUUAUACCACAUGGAGCAUUUCAAAUAAGAAAUCUACCUACCUUGAAGCACAGUGAUCUGUUGUCCUGGUUUGAUGGUUGCAGAGAGGGUAAAAUUGAAGGAAUAGUAUGGCAUUGCAAUGAUGGUUGUUUAAUCAAGGUCCAUCGCCACCAUCUUGGUUUAUGUUGGCCGAUCCCAGAUACUUAUAUGAAUUCAAAACCAGUUAUUAUCAACAUGAAUCUGAACAAAUAUGAAGAGAAAACAAGGUUCAGAAGUGUCAAGAGACCCCUGAGUCUGCCCCAGUAACAGGUAUCAGAACUGAGCUUUAAAUCCAGUCCAGCUGGUCCCAGAACCA